AUGGACUGCUUGAAAUGUAAGAAGGUAUUUAGUACCAAACAAAGACUGCAAUACCAUGUUUGGCAUGGAGUUUGCACAAAGAAGCCAAUCAGUAAGGUCUGCAAUGACUGUAAUAGGGAGUUCAGCACUCUUCAGAAGCUGCAGUACCACGUCAAAAAGGGCGUUUUCCGUAGAACUACGCAGUGUAGUUACUGUGCUAAGGUCCUUAGUAGCCGCCAACGUCUUCAGACACAUAAGAAAAGACAUGAGAAGAGUUACCAAUUCUUUGCAGAGAAGUACGAUCUGGAAGGAGUGGAUUGUUACCAGUGCGGCGAUCUUAUGAGUCGUUGUGAACAUAAGGAUGAUUACCUAAGGAAUCAAAUAGACUACUUUAGGAAGCUAAGCAGGACGCUACCCCGUUUCGACGCGUUAGAAGGUGUCCCAUGGACUAACAGGGAAUAUUGGAGGCAGCAAUGUGAGAGAUGUGGAUGUGUAAGAGAGGAGGAACACAUAUUCAACUGUCUCUCAACAAAGUCUUAA